GAAGUGACGUCAUAUGCCUGCGCCGCGCUCCUGCAACUGUUGUGAUUUGGCUGAAGAAAGGACAAACACAUAGGAAGCGACUGAGAUUCACGUGACACACUGUUGUUAAGAUGUCGUUUAUUAAAGAGGAGACUGAAGACGUGAAGAUUGAAGAAACAUUCAGUGUGAAACAAGAAGAAACUGAGACACAAACGGACCUGAUAGCACUGAAAGAGGAGGGUCAAGAUCUGAAUGAGAAAUACCAUGAUUUCCUAACUGAAGAAACAUGCUCAGAGACUGAAAAGACUUCCUCCGAAAAAAGUGCUCAAGACACAGGAACUACAAGUCAGUUCAUCUGCGUACAGUGUGGAAAGUCUUUCAAAAAAAAAGGAAACCUUAAAGUCCACAUGAGAAUUCACACUGGAGAGAAGCCUUUCGCCUGCCAACAGUGUGGAAAGAGUUUUUAUCAACAUGGAAACUUUAAAGUCCACAUGAGGAUUCACACUGGAGAAAAGCCGUUCACAUGUAAUCAGUGUGGAAAGAGUUUCACACAUAAAGGAACGCUUUAUGCUCACAUGAUCGUUCACACUGGAGAGAGUGCGUACAUCUGCAAACUGUGUGGAAAAACCUUGAAUCGAAAAGGUAAUCUUAAGGCUCACAUGAGAGUUCACACUGGAGAGAAGCCUUUCUCGUGUGGUCAGUGCGGAAAAUGUUUCGCACGGAAAGAAACCCUUACUAAGCACAUGAAGCUUCACUUAAGAGCGAACUGUUUUGCAUGUCAUCAGUGUGGGACGAGGUUUAAAGACCAGAAACAUCUUAAACGCCAUGUAAAAACUCAUAUCGGACAGAAGCCUUUUAUGUGCCAUCACUGUGGAAUAACUUGCACAAACACAGGAAACCUCAAUAAUCACAUGAGAGUUCACACCGGAGAGAAACCAUACGCCUGUCCUCAGUGUGGGAAGAGCUUCCCACGAAAAGAAAGUCUGAAGAGUCACAUGAGACUUCACACUGGAGAGAAACCUUACACCUGUCCUCAGUGUGGAAAGAGCUUCACACAUAAAGGAACCCGUUAUACCCACAUGAGAACACACACUGAAAAGAGGACUUUUAUUUGAUGUGAAAUGCACUAAAGAUAUCUAAAAAGUAAUUUGCAAACUCAUUCUAGAAAGAAAUGGCAGUGUUAAAUGUCUUUUACUCUUAAUUUCCGAGCAUUUGAUGUUUUGUAUUGAUCAUCUUUGAAUUGAUUAUGUAAUUGUCAUGAUUUUUUUACCCUAAUUAUAAAUUGUUAGGUUUGAAUUUAUUCUGACUUACUCUGAAAUUGAUGAUUUUACUCUUG